AUCAAAGUGAUUGGGUGGAGUCGACACGACCUACAGUAGACUAGCCACUCACUAGUUUAGCAUUUUGCGCUUCCCCCUCUCUGGUUUGGUGUAUUGAAGGAAUCCCUGAAAAAUAGAGUUCGGAAUGAAAACGACCAAAAACGAGUUUUAAACAUCUCUAUCUGUUAUUUUGGAUACAUCAACGCCUUGCUACUCGUAACAACACAGCCGCAGCAUGGGGGCACCAGCGACAGCGUACGACGAGAAGAAGGAAGCAUGCGGGACCGUCUGUCUGAAGUACCUCCUAUUCACAUUCAACUUCCUCUUCUGGCUGGCAGGGGGCGUGGUGAUGGCGGUGGGCACCUGGACGCUGGUGGAGAAGAGCGACUACAUCAGCCUGCUCUCCUCCGCGACCUACGCCGCCUCCGCCUACAUCCUGAUCCUAGCCGGGGCUAUCGUCAUGGUGACGGGAGUGCUGGGCUGCUGCGCCACCUUCAAGGAGCAGAGGAGGCUGCUGAGAGUGUACUUUGUCCUGCUGCUGUGUAUCUUCCUGCUGGAGAUCCUCGCCGGUGUCCUGGCCUACAUCUAUUACCAGCAGCUCAAUGAGGAGCUGAAACAGAACCUGCGGGAGACAAUGGUGCAGAAGUACAGGCAGUCAGAGCAGGAGCAUAUCACCAAAGCAGUGGACAAGCUGCAGCAGGAGUUUAAGUGCUGUGGCAGCAACAGCUCGUCGGACUGGGGCGAGAGCGUGUGGAUCCACACCAGUGAGGCAGAUGGCCGGCUGGUGCCGGACAGCUGCUGUAAGACCCAGACGCUGGGCUGCGGCCGUAGGGACCACCCAUCAAACAUCUACAAGGUGGAGGGGGGUUGUAUCACUAAACUGGAGAACUUCAUUUUGGACCACCUGAAGAUCAUUGGAGCAGUGGGCGUGGGCAUCGCCUGUGUACAGAUUGUGGGGAUGGUGUUUACUUGCUGUCUAUAUCGGAGUUUGAAGGCAGAGCCGUACUGAGAGUAGAACACGAAGAGAAGGAAAAGGGAGGGAUCUAGUCUCUGCCACCCAGUGACCCGUUUAGUCAUGGGGUCUACCACUGUGCCGUGCAAACAGAAGAGGACGAUAUGUGUAAGGGUUUAGGAUGCACUUAUGAUAGUGUCUCUCAAUCCAUUCCCUGGGGGGACCAUUUUGGUUCUAGCCUAGCACUAACUCCCCUGAUUCAACAAAUCAAGGGCUUGAUUUGUUGAAUCAUUUGUAUUGGGCUAGAAUUCCUAGGGGUCCCCCCUUGGAAUGGGGAAUCAGAUUUAUGCAAGCUAUCUGAUCUACAAUACUCUAUAUUUUGGUAGUCUGCAACAACAGAGCACUCUGUGUAACCUAGUGUGAUGUAAAGAUCAGUGGACCAAAAUGGCCCGUGCAUGAGAACAGCUUGUCUUAACAUUGCAAUAAUCAUGACUGUGGCUUAAUGAGCGAGACCUGACCUCUGGGGCCGAUUACCAUGGCAACACAUUUUAUUUUUACAUCAAGUAGCUGAUUAUACAUUUACACAUCUUUUACACUGUUUUUCUCUCAACUUUUUAAUUGUUAGUUUAUUUGAUUUUUUGUAUUUAUCUUUUAAUACAAGGGAUUUCUCCACUUGUCAUCAACACUGACUUUGUGUAAAAUCAUAUCAAACUUACUACUCCUGCAAGCCUUUUUCAUGUAUACUGAACAAAAUUAUAAAUGCAACAAUUUCAAAGAUUUUACUGAUUACAGUUCAUAUAAAGAAAGGCCCU